AUGGGUGGAAUCCAUGCUCUGCUCAUCUUGCUGUCGGUGGCGUCCCUGGCAUUGCUGCCGGGAGCCACGCCGCUGCAGGCCUCACAGGCCUGGUCCCUCUUCAAGCUCCGGCAGCUCCUGGGCGACCCGCCGGUGCUCGGCACCUGGCACAACUACACCGACUUCUGCUACGGCGGCGACUACAAGACCGCCUCCGCCUUGGUGGAGUGCUACGAGGACAGCGUCACGCAGCUCCACAUCAUGGGCGACCCCGGCGCGCGGGGUCGCCCGCUCCCCGCCACCUUCUCCAUCGACGCCUUCUUCACCACGCUGUCCAGGCUGCCGGACCUCAAGGUGCUCACGCUCACCAACCUCGGUCUCUGGGGCCCACUGCCGGGGGGGAAGAUCUCCCGCCUCCAGAAGCUGGAGAUCGUCAACGUCAGCUCCAACUACCUCUACGGCGAGCUCCCGCGGGGGCUCUCCCGGCUGGGCAGCCUCCAGACGCUGGUGGCGGACCACAACAUGCUGGGAGGCAAGCUGCCGGGGUGGCUCAAGGACAUGCCGCUGCUGGCGGUCCUCAGCCUCCGGAACAACACGCUGCAGGGGACGCUGCCGGAGUCGCUCAAGGACAUGCCGUCGCUGAGGUCGCUGGUGCUGGCGUCCAACAACCUCUCCGGGAACCUGCCGGACCUGGACCUGAAGAACCUCCAGGUGAUUGACAUGGCCAACAACGCGCUAGGGCCCAAGUUCCCGCGGGUGGGGCGGAAGGUGGCCAGCGUGGUGCUGGCCGGCAACAAGUUCAGCGACGGCCUCCCCGCCGACAUGCUCGCCUCGUGCUACCUCCUGGAGCGGCUGGACGUGUCGGGGAACAGGUUCGUGGGGCCUUUCCCGGCGGCGCUGCUGUCGCUGCCGUCCAUGGAGUACCUGAGCAUCGCCGGGAACAGGUUCACGGGGCGGCUGUCGGGCAACGCCUCCUGCGGCGAGAACCUCCGGUUCGUGGACCUGUCGUCGAACCUCCUGACGGGGAGCCUCCCCGGCUGCCUGGCCGCCUCCUCUGACUCCGGGAAGACGGUGGUGCUCUUCUCGGCGAAUUGCCUUUCCAGCGGCAGCGGCGACGAGUCCCAGUCCCAGCACCCGUCGCCCUUCUGCCGGAACCAGGCAUUGGCCGUCGGGAUCGUGCCUGAGCAGGAGCAGGGAGGCAAGAAGAAGAGUGGCGGCAAGGCCGGUGUGGUGGCCGGCAUUGUCCUUGUGGGAGCAUUGGUUGUGAGCGCGGCGGUGGUGUUUGUGGUGAGGAAGGCGAGGUUGCCCAAGGCGAGGCCUGCACGGAGACUGGUGGAGCACGCGUCGAGCGCUUACCCUUCGAAUUUGCUGGCCGACGCGCGUUACAUAUCUCAGACGGUGAAGCUGGGGGCUCUUGGCAUUCCGGCAUACAGAUCAUUCUCCUUGGUGGAGCUGGAGGCGGCCACCGAUAACUUUCAGGUGUCUAGCCUCAUGGGUCAAGAUGCUCAUGGCCAGAUGUACCGUGGACGGCUAAGCAAUGGGACCCCGGUGACAAUCAGGUCCCUCAAGGUGAACAAGAGCCAGAGCUUCACCCGCCACAUCGAGAUGAUAUCCAAGCUGAGGCAUCGGCACCUGGUGAGCGCGCUGGGGCACUGCUUCCAGUACAACCUCGACGAUUCCACCGUCACGCACCUCUACCUCGUCUUCGAAUACGUGCACAAUGGCAACCUCAGGGGCAGGAUUUCACGCAAUGGAUCUUCAUCUUCAGAAGGAACGCAAGGGCGGAGGCUGUCGUGGGGCCAAAGAAUAUCGACCACCAUUGGUGUGGCCAAGGGCAUUCAGUUCCUGCAUGGAGGGAUCAUACCAGGCCUGUUUGCGAAUAACCUCAAGAUCACCAACAUUCUUAUGGACCAGAAUCAGGUCCCCAAAAUCGGCAGCUACAACAUCCCCAUUCUGUCAGAGACCAUGAAAUCAGAGGGAGGAGCUGGAAGCAAGUAUCCACCGGAUAGGGUUCCCAACGGUGAUAAGAUUGACAUGUACGAUUUUGGUGUGAUACUGCUGGAGGUUAUCUCCGGCAGGCCCAUCAGUUCCAUAUACGAGGUGGAGAUCAUGAAAGAACAGUUGCAAUCGGCGCUGACAGCACAAGGACCGAGCAAGAGGAGCAACUUUGUGGACCCGGCGGUGAGCAAGGGCUGCUCCGACGACUCCAUGAGGACCGUCAUGGAGAUCUGCCUCCGCUGCCUUGCCAAGGAGCCAACGCAGAGGCCCUCAGUGGAGGACGUGCUCUGGAACCUGCAGUUUGCGGCCCAGGUGCAGGAUGACUCCCGCAGCAGCGACGAGUCCCCGCUCUCGCCCUCGCAGCCCCAUGCACAAUCCGCACACGGCUGA